UUUAUCGUCCUAGUCUUGGAAUUGUCUACUCCAGUACAUGAAGAGCUUCCUUUCUUCUGUGGCUGUAGCGUAGAGUGCUAAGUGUAGGACGUCCACCAGGCCGUCCUGAGCGCCUUCCCCAUUUGUAAGGAGGGCCGACACCCAGGCCUCAGGGCCGAGAGGGCUCCGAGAACUGGCAGCUGACCUGAAACAGCGAGCACUGCGGUGGGCUCGGCAGAGUCACCGAGUAAGCGCUAGUGUGAGUGAGGCUGAGGUCUGCUCAGACAUGAUGAAAUCACGCGUUCCCGGUGGUGAUGUCCAUGUGACAGCGCAGGGAGGAGCCUGCUGUCCCACGAGGUAGAGAUGGAGGCUCGGGGAGCAGUACUACAAGGACGCCAUGGAGCAGUGCCACAGUUACAACGCCCGCCUCUGUGCCGAGCGCAGCGUGCGCCUGCCCUUCCUGGACUCGCAGACCGGAGUCGCCCAGAGCAACUGUUACAUCUGGAUGGAAAAGCGGCACCGGGGUCCAGGACUGGCCUCUGGUCAGCUGUACUCAUACCCUGCCCGGCGCUGGCGGAAAAAGCGGCGAGCCCACCCCCCUGAGGAUCCACGACUUUCCUUCCCAUCCAUUAAGCCAGACACGGAGCAGACCCUGAAGAAGGAGGGGCUGAUCUCCCAGGACGGCAGCAGUUUGGAGGCUCUGCUGCGCACUGACCCUCUGGAGAAGCGAGGCGCCCCGGAUCCCCGCGUCGACGACGACAGUCUGGGCGAGUUCCCCGUGACCAACAGUCGUGCCCGGAAGCGGAUCCUAGAACCAGAUGACUUCCUGGAUGACCUUGAUGACGAGGACUAUGAAGAAGAUACUCCAAAGCGUCGUGGCAAAGGGAAAUCCAAGAGCAAGGGUGUGGGCAGUGCCCGUAAGAAGCUGGAUGCAUCCAUCCUGGAGGAUCGGGACAAGCCCUAUGCCUGUGACAAUAGUUUCAAACAAAAGCAUACCUCGAAAGCGCCCCAGAGAGUUUGUGGGAAACGUUACAAGAACAGACCCGGCCUCAGUUACCACUACGCCCACUCCCACUUGGCUGAGGAGGAGGGCGAGGACAAGGAGGACUCGCAGCCACCCACCCCUGUUUCCCAGAGGUCCGAGGAGCAGAAGUCAAAGAAGGGUCCGGACGGCCUGGCCCUGCCCAACAACUACUGUGACUUCUGCCUGGGAGACUCCAAGAUCAACAAGAAGACGGGGCAGCCCGAAGAGCUGGUGUCCUGUUCCGACUGUGGCCGCUCAGGGCAUCCGUCUUGCCUCCAGUUCACCCCCGUGAUGAUGGCGGCGGUGAAGACCUACCGCUGGCAGUGCAUCGAGUGCAAGUGCUGCAACAUCUGUGGCACCUCCGAGAACGACGACCAGCUGCUCUUCUGUGACGACUGUGACCGCGGCUACCACAUGUACUGUCUCACCCCCUCCAUGUCGGAGCCUCCGGAAGGGAGCUGGAGCUGCCACCUGUGUCUGGACCUGUUGAAGGAGAAGGCGUCCAUCUACCAGAACCAGAACUCCUCCUGAUGCAGCCGCCCCCAGGUCCCCACGCGUCUGAGGCUGCUCUGUCCUCCACCUGUGUUCACACCCACCUUUUCCUUCCUCACAAGUCCAGGGAACCUCAGGGCGGUCAUGCCAACCUGCCUUUGGCAGCAGCUCUGCCCGCCGUGGGCCCGCAGGCGCACGCGUGGGCCGGCUUCUCUCUGCUCUCAUGAAGUGCAUUUACUCUGCUCGCCUCGGGCCCGGGCCUGCUCAUCACAGGGAGGAGUGGGAGACCUGCUCCCUUGUCUGCUCAGCUCCACGCCGGUCUCCAGGGUUGCCCCUCCCCAGAGGGGCCGGGCCGGGCUGGAGCGGCAGGAGCAGCUGGGGGCUGCAGGCUGAGGCUCCACUGCUCCCGGGAGCCCGGGCCGGGUGGGUGCCGCCUAGCACAGCCUCCCCCUCCCCCCACGGCGCGCAGCUCCCUUAAGGGCGCUCAGCCGCCUGGGCCUGCCCGGCCCCCUCAUCCCAUCGUCCCCGCGCCCCCACGGGAGGUCUCUGGAGGAAUGUCCCGUCUCUGCCUCCCCUUCUUGCCCUUUGGUUUUGUGGGGGAGGGGAUGUGCGGCGUAGGGGCCACGGGGAAGCGUUGGAUAAUGUGCCUGUUUUUUAACUCGAAGAAAAAGCCUACCUCCAGAAUCCCUGUGUGUUCUCCCUGGACCUGGGCAUUCCGCCUCCUGCCCUUGACCGAGGAGGAAGCUGCCUCCGGCCACGGGCAGCCGCGCAGCGCCCCCUCCCUGCACGCUCGCUCGCAGCUGCUAAGGCCUCACCCCCGGUUCCUCAGUUCUCCGCUUAGUGGCACUGACGUGAAGCAGUGGGGUGGCCUGGCGUGGCCUUCCCCGUGGCCGCGGCCGCGCCCUGACUCCCUGUCGCUUUGGAGUUGAGGUGUCAGCUUUUUUCCUUUCCUUUCAGUUCCUGUACUCUGAAUAUUAGUAACAAUAAACGUUUUUACUCAGA